CUUUGUUAAAUUAUGCGGGACUGCGGUCAAACCCGUCACCGUCAAACUGGCGCUAGUCUACUUAUGGACGGCUUGGGAGCACGAUCAUGGAGGAUGAUUCACGAUGGCAAUCGGCGACGCUUUAUAUCCCAGGAUACAAUUUCGAAGGCGCUCAAAAGAUAUACUGCGGUUAGAGUGAUAGAUCGCCAUACAUGACAGCUUCCGUCCAUUAAUAAGGCGCCAGGCAAUGCGCUUUGGAGCACCCGCGACCGCAGUUGGGGAGUGGCCUGCAUCGUGAGCUUCCGCCCUAUGGCAGGGACGCAUGACGGCGCGGAGUGAUGGAGAAAAUUCGCGAAGAGAAGGGCAUUAAGUCGGCGUUUGACAGCAGUACAUUUGAUGCCAAUGUCUCUAUCCACGUUCAAAAGUCCGCCACGGACAUUGGGUCCGCGACAAUCUCGCCUUCCGGACGAGAUGUAGCUAUUGCUUCGAAAACCGGCCUUGACAUCAUCGACCUCGACUCACCGCUGAAUCCCCCCCGACACCUCCGACAUGGCACAUCAUGGAACAUCGCCGACGUACAAUGGUCGCCCUUCGCCGCCCGCGACUACUGGGUCGCCUGCACCGCGAACCAGAAGGCGCUGGUGUGGAACCUUGCCAUGCAAGAGGAUACGCGGCAGGGAGCCAUCGAACAUACGCUACACGCGCACACGCGCGCGAUCACCGACAUCAACUUCUCAGCCCAUCACCCCGAUAUCCUGGCGACAUGCGCGGUUGACGGAUACGUCAAUGCGUGGGAUCUGCGGAGGCCGCGUCGGCCAGCAUUGACAUUUGUGGAUUGGGACGCGGGCGCGACGCAGGUGAAGUGGAAUCGGCAGGAGGGGCAUAUACUGGCGUCAUCGCAUGACAGAUGGCUGCGAAUUUGGGACGACCGGCAUGGAGCAUACCCGAUGAAGUCGAUUGAGGCGCAUAGCUCGAAGAUCUACGGUGUGGAUUGGAACCGUGUUUCUGCAACGCAGAUUGUUACGUGUUCGCUGGAUAAGAGUAUCAAGUUCUGGGACACUGCUGCGGAAGAGCCUAUCCCGGAGCGAGUCAUUCGGACUUCUUUUCCGGUGUGGCGUGCUAGACAUACACCUUUUGGUUGGGGUCUCCUGGCGAUGCCACAGAAUGCGCCGGGAAACCUGUAUUUGUAUGACCGGCGAAAGGAGGGCGUGGAGUCCGAUACAAUGGCCCCUGCGGUAGCAGUAUUCAACCACGGCGAGCGGCAGGUGAAGGAGUUCCUAUGGAGAUCACGCGGCAGUAUUAAUGAGGAUGGAAUGGACAACCGCGAAUUUCAGCUGGUAUCCUGGGGAGACGAUAAGGAGCUGAAACUACAACGCGUGGCGAAUUCAUUGCUCGAAAAUGUCGGAUAUGUCAAGGGGAGCCAGAUGACGAAGAAGCUGAAUGUUACUCGCAAAGGCGCCAUUUACAAAACGUUUAGAAACGUGGAGCGAGCGGAGAUGGAGAAGAAGUCUGCUACGAUCAAGGCUCCUCGCCUGUUGAGCAGCAGCCACGACAAAGAGAAUUCAUACAGCGUCCUCAGCGACGAGAUUAAGAAGAUGUCUCCGACGAAGAGGUUUCGGAGCAGGGUGGGCGUUCAUGGAUCGACCAUGAGAGGAAAGCCCAUGAAUUCCGAAUGGCGGAGCCAGAUCAACUGGAUGAGCGGUAUCAAGUUCAGCGCCAAUGGCGGUGGCGAUGAUGAGGAUGGGCAGGGCAAAAUCCCUGCGCGACGACUGUCUGUCAUCAGUCCCAAUUUCGAUAUGGAAGGCGAUUGGGACACGCCGGAGUCGCUACACGACGAGAUCAUCCGUGUGCACCAGCAGUACAGUAAGGUCACGUUCAACGAUGUUAAUAUGGACACUCGCUCCGUUACGGCGUCGAUGAAUGGUCCGUGGGGCAAGGACGGGGAGUCGGUGUUCAUUAAGGCUACGAUACAGUUUCCAAACCAGUAUCCCGGGCCCAAAAUACCCACGUUCAAUAUUGGUAAGUCCUCUUUGAUAUCAGACGAUACCAACGAGCGGAUUUCGCACGAGGUUCAACAGAUUGCUACCGGAUUUAUUGGGCGUCACCGUGGCUGCCUAGAGGCUGCGCUCUGCUAUUUGCUUGGGGAAGUCAAUCUCGAAGAGAGCACGCAAUGGCUCAAGGGAUCUGACGACGUUGAUAAUCUUGACGGUAUUGCAGACGUGAGCUCUAGCGACGAAGAUGAUGAUGACUUACCAGCGACCAAUUCAGCGAUGAUGUCUCAAGAAUUGGAUCCAACCUCAACAGAGGGGAUUCUUGUUGCGAGUCGGCGUCACGCUAACGUACCCCUCCCGAGACUUUCAGGCGCUCGAUUCUCCAACAAUGGUAAGCUCAUCUGCUUCUUUCCACCGAAAGAAGAGAGGUUCAAGUCCCUCCUUGGCUCCGUCACGUGGGACAAAUCGAGGGUCAAAGACGGGCCUUCCUUCAAUACAUUUUCCCGCCUUGCUACAGUGUCGCUUCCACCGAGAAGCAAGUUUGCAUCGCUCAAUGAGGAGGAAGAUUUCGAGUCAGAUUCGUCGCAAGGCUCUGGAAGCGAAUCCUCGAGCGAUUCCGACUCUUCACAGUUCCAAGUCAGCGUCGCAUUCGAUUUCUGGCGAAAGAUCCAUGGCACGAGUUAUCGGAAGGGACUGUCUGCAAAUCGGUCCAAUAAGUCGAGUGGGGCUGGAACUGGUACCGGAACUCUGAGUAAGGGGCGGCUUUCGAAGCCUAAAAACAUGAUUGCGAUGUACGAUGUGUCCGAUUAUUUGCCGGGGAAGCUUGAGCUGGCUCAGGAAUAUGCCGUGUUUGGCGAAGGAACAGAUGUUUGCAACCGCAACGCGAUGAUUGCGAUGAAGUACGGGCACCAGGAGCAUGCAGACUUAUGGACAUAUGCCGGGAUGUUGCUGCAGCAUGAGGUACCUCUCGAGAUCCUUGAUCAGUCGCAUCGGAAGGAGCCUAUCCUUGUUAUUGCGCGGGAUAUGAUCAAACACUGUAGGCGUGACAGUCAAUAUGACAGCGGCAUCGAUAUGCCCUUUGACACGAAGAACCUUGCCAUAUCGGGAAGAGUCAAGUGGGGAUACAGCCCUCUCGCCAAAAGCCUGAUUGAUGACCUCUUUGAUCAUUUCGAGAAGCUGGUUGACAUACAGAUGCUGGCGAUGCUAUCUUGCGUCUUCAGCGAACCAUCUACUGUUGACCCAUUACCAAACACAGAGAUACGUCCUACGCAACCACAGACUCCACUUUCCAUGAAGACGCCUGCGUUCUCUUUGGACUACUUCCCGUCUGAUAUUGCUGUGUGGAGCACAUAUCAAAAGACACCAUAUAACUCGAUACCUUCUACUCCAAGGGCAGCUCUCACUCCAUUUUAUGGCUCUCUCGGAUCGUCAAAUGGGCCGUGGAGCAGUGAUCCUGCGUCUGCCUCAUUCUCUUGUGGCGAAACCCCCCCUCUGAGGUCUACAGGAGGCAGCUUGGAGAAGCUCCAUGAGAAGCUACACCUACAGUCCCAAAGCUUGUCAACAUCCCCGGAUGAUAGGCGGUUACUGCAGCGUGCCAACUCUGGCCUUGCAUCCAGCUUUGCUUCGAAUUUGAAGAACCCUUUCUACAACACAGGUUCCUCAUCCCCUCCGAAUCGCAAGCGCCCCAGUCCAGUAGAGAGCAUGAUCAGCACUCUGACGCCUAGCGCCGUGACGUGGGGUAAUACAACAUAUCUCGAAAGCGUCCGAGAAAAGUCGCCGUAUGCCAAGUCGACGUAUUCUGAUGACGACAGUACUACCGUGAAUGAAACCUUAGUGACAGUGACCGGUAUUAGCGUCACGAUGCAUAAUCAGAGCGCCUUUGACGACGAAAGUUGCAUGUCGACGCCACUUCUCGAGUUCGAGCACACUGCGGUAUUUAAAAGCUACCGCAUGCUAUAUGCCGAGAUGCUCUUUGCUUGGUCUCUUCCCUUCACUAGGUUGGAAAUCCUCAAAUUUGACUCACUGCUAGAAUACUUCACCCCUGGUUCCCCAUCGCCACCAUUCUCAAAACCGAAUGCGGCAUCGAUCCAUUCUGUGGACCAUGACAUGCCGCCCUCACCAAUACUCCUCGGCAAACAGGACACCCACCAGCCUAUCUCGGACCGCGGCCUCUCCAUCACGGGAUACUGCCUCAAGCACGAGCAUCGCCUCGAACCUCUCAAUUCCUCUUCAACCUCCACUCUUGGCGGCGCAGUCGGUCGCUGCGAGCGCUGCAAAAUGACGAAGCGGCAGCUUAAAUGCGUCAUCUGCAUCGAGCCCAUCACCGGCGACUACGCUGCCUGUCUGUCCUGCGGCUGCGCAUCGCACCAGAUCUGUCUCGACGCCUACCUCUCCUCAUGGGACGACGAGGAGGCAACAAAAGACGACAUGACAUGCGCCGGGGGAUGCGACUGCAACUGCACGCGCCGGGCCGGAAUGGGCGUCGUAGAGAGCUGGGAGGUGAUGAUGGGAGCGCUGGAGAAGAUGCGUAAGAAGGAGGCGAGGCGGGCGAAGGUGCCGCCGCGGCGGUUAACGGAGGAGUGGGAUGAGGGGAGUGAUUGGGACGGUGCGAGGGGCAGUAGGGCGGAGGUGCCGCCGGCGAAGACACCGAGGGGGACGAUGGGGCAGGCGAUGGGGCAGGCGCAGUUGAAUUACUCGACGCUGAGUCGGAGGUUGGGGCAGGUGAGGGUGAGAGAUGGGUGGAUGGGAGUUGGGAGUGGGUUGAGGAAGAAGGGAAGUGUGAGUAGUACUGAGGGAGUAUGAUAUGGCUUGAAGGCGUAUGGAUUGAAUGCAUGGGUUGGCGUUGCGAUGGCUUGGGGAUAGCUGUAUAGUACGAUCGAGAAUGCUUUAUAUAAUGUAAGAUGGCGUAUGCUCCACCGGCCAAAUCGAUGAUACUCAUAAUUUCAAAU